GUGUGAGCGCGCCCUUAGCAGCCGGCAGAAAUUUCUAGAUUGCUCCUCCAGCGCGACUGCCGCAGCGCAGGGUAGCCAAACUUUCGAUUUUCCCCUCCGCGGGCAGACACGCGCUAGAGCUUGGACAUAACAGACGCUACGGCCGCUCACUGCUGGCUCGCUUCGUUCAGACGCAGGCAUAAAAGAAAAAUAAUUUUGAUUCGGGCAGCCAUCUUGGUCUUGCAAAUUUUGUGUGUGCAGUGCGCCCAAAGUAAAAAAACGAGCGCUUCGUUCUAUGGUGAUUUUUUUUGCGUGAAAUAGUUUAAAAGGAAAGGAUAACUUCAGUGAAGAGUGUAAAAAGUAUCGUUCUUAAAAAUGGGUGAUUACCAUCAUGAUUCGCUUGGUUCCGCCCAACUCGACCUAGGAGGCAGUCCGGGUCUGGUAUUGCGGCGUCCGUUCGAUCCAACCGCUCAUGAUCUGGAAGCCUCUUUUCGAUUGACACGCUUCGCCGAUCUAAAAGGUCGUGGCUGUAAGGUUCCGAAAGAUGUGCUUGAGAAACUGGUCUCAUCGUUGCAGCAGGAUUACACUCAGGACCCGGAGGCCCAGUAUCUUUCGAUGUCCUCUCCCCGAAUUGGGAUUGGUCUCGAUUGUUCGGUCAUUCCGCUUCGCCAUGGUGGUCUUUGCAUGGUACAGACAACGGAUUUCUUCUAUCCAAUCGUAGACGAUCCGUACAUGAUGGGCAAAAUUGCCUGCGCCAAUGUUCUAAGCGACUUGUACGCUAUGGGUGUCACCGAGUGCGAUAAUAUGCUAAUGCUUUUAGCCGUCAGUACUAAAAUGACCGAGAAGGAACGCGACGUUGUUAUACCGCUCAUUAUGAGGGGUUUUAAGGAUUCUGCGCUGGAAGCUGGUACUUCCGUUACUGGUGGUCAGAGUGUGGUUAACCCGUGGUGCACAAUCGGCGGGGUGGCCACGACAAUUUGUCAACAGAACGAAUUCAUCGUGCCAGACAAUGCGGUCGUCGGGGAUGUGCUGGUGCUGACAAAAGCACUCGGAACACAGGUUGCGGUCAAUGCGCAUCAAUGGUUGGACCAGUCGGAACGUUGGAACCGUAUCAAGCUUGUUGUUUCGGAGGAAGAUGUUCGUAAAGCUUACCACAGGGCAAUGGAUUCAAUGUCCCGACUCAAUCGUAUCGCCGCCCGGCUAAUGCACAAAUAUAAUGCUCACGGGUCAACGGAUAUCACAGGAUUUGGAUUGCUCGGUCAUGCCCAGACGUUGGCAUCCCAUCAGAAGAACGAAGUUUCUUUUGUAAUUCAUAAUCUGCCAGUGAUUGCCAAGAUGGCUGCAGUUGCCAAGGCGUGCGGAAACAUGUUCCAGUUAUUGCAGGGCCACUCGGCAGAAACCUCCGGUGGAUUGUUAAUCUGUUUGCCUCGUGAGCAAGCCGCUGCAUACUGCAAGGACAUAGAAAAACAGGAAGGCUGUCAAGCAUGGAUUAUUGGUAUCGUCGAGAAGGGUAAUCGUACUGCUCGUAUCAUCGAUAAACCACGAGUGAUCGAAGUCCCGGCCAAGGAGUAAGCAUGAGGAGCUUUUUAUGUUUGUCAAAAGAAUUGACGAGCAUUUUCUGAUUAGAUUUUCUUGAAGAUUGAUACAUUUCCACAAAUGCUGAAACUUGCUAUAAUUACUAACCCACAACCGAACUACAGAAUCAAGUAGCAAGUAAGAUAAUCUUCCUCGAAAUUUGACACAAACAAUUCGAUCUACUGCUGAAACAGGAAACCAGACAGAUGUGUUAUAAAUACUAGAUGUAAGACGUUUUAAUAAUUUUCCACUUCUUUAAUUCAGUUGCACAUCGACAGGGUUGAUUGAAUCAAAUUGUGCGGUUUCGCAGAAAAAGACGAGGAAGCGAUGACAUUUUUCGUUCUAUGAAAAAGCUUUCAAAUUUUUAUUGCAUAAUACAGAUAAGAUUCAAACAUUUUGUAGAAGGUACAGGAGAAAAUAAAAAAUAUUAAUCGAA